UGGGGGGGGAUUCUACACCGUGAGUGUUAAAUUGACCACACCCUCGCAUUUCCGGCAAAGAAGCGCCAUCCAGAGCUGAUCCAGAACUUUCGCAAACAUCGAAAAGAUAAGUUUCACUUUGCUGACGAGUAAACUGAGGAGAGCUGGACAGGGCGGGAACAGUCGAGGAAGGAGAGGAGAGAGGUGAAGACAUGCUGGUUCCUGUCGAAUAUAAGGGGGUGAGCAAAUGGGUCAGGGUACCAAAGGUGGAGGAGGUCUUCAAUUUCUCUGAAUUUUUACAAGGAGUGCUGGCAAAAUUCAAUUUGUCAGGUUUUACUGCUUUGAUGCUCAAGGAUUCUGCAGGAGUUGAAGUGGAUUCUGACAUCUUUGAUGAGCUUCUGAAGUCAUCUCAGGUGUCCUUCAAGGCCUUCACUGAAGAUUGCAAUGACAACAGUUUUGGAGAUUCUUCAGAGGGCUCAUCCUUAACUGAUUGGUCACCAUCACGUGCAUCCCAUGGGUCAUCUCCAAGCUCAGACUCAACAAUUAUACUAGAAUCCACCAAAGCUCGAAGAAAACGGCUGAUUGAAGGACCCCCUGACAGCAGCAGUGCUCGCGAUAUUGUCAAUGCAGCCCUGCAUUCAAAGCCGGACGGUGACCAAAUAAUCAAAGAAUACGAGAAAACAAAGAGUCUGUCGGAUGGUACAAGAAGAAGGAUGAUCAACAUGCUUGUGGCUGACAUGGUAGAGAGCCAUGGGAGGAUCCCUCCAGUAAAUAUCCGCAGUACGUAUGCACUUGGCAUUACAACCUUGUUCCCAAAUUUGAAGGACCCGGAUUCAAAGAAUGGUUAUGAGCAUUUCUAUGAUCACCAGAGUGGUUCUGGUUACCUGGCAUGGAGGCUGAAGACUGUGCAGCGCAACUCUGCUCAAGAGAUCAAGAAAUCCAGGUCCAGCUUUCAGGAUGGCCCUAAGACUCAUCGCAGCAUGCAUUCACCUGUGAGGCAGUUGUCAGGUGACGAAUGCAAUGAAGCUAUAUCAGUGAUGAGGCACUCAAGUGACACAACCCUCGUCCAAGACAAAAUGAGGGCAACAUUUCAGAAAAGACAAAAGGUUGUUCAAGACCCAGCAACAGCUUCCACUGUCCUAGACCUUUUUCCGAGAUUCCUGGACACACCAGGCUUGAUCGACCAAGACUUCAAUAUGCUCUUUGGUGAUGAAGUGACUGGUAAAUUCCUCGCUAAAUGGCCAACAUUCUUCAAACCGAGGAUCAUUGCGGAGUGCAAAAAUCUUCCUCAAAGUGUGCACGUGGAUGACCUCCUUUUGUCUGCCCAACAGGAAUCUGAUGAUGGUGUAUGGGACUGUGAGGUUGCCGCCAUCUGCUUGUUGCUUCACCUGUUGCCGCCAACAUCCAAGGGCAAGAAGUCUGCAAAGAUCAGCGCAACAGAUGCUGCUGUCCGCCUGGUGAAGUUCCUUAAGGUGGGGAGAAGCAUGGAGACCUUCCUGAAGGAAACUGGCCCUGCUCAGCCCUUUCUCCUGUGUGUUGGAGAACGAAAAAACAGCAUCCAGAAUUUCUACAUCAUCCUGUACUCCACCUCAACUCCACAGUACUGA